CUUGCCAGUACGCUUCGGUCACACUGGUCAAAUUCAAUACCAUCACAGUCGAAAAACAGCAAAAUUCUGUUGGUAAACAUACGCGAAAAGUAGGCUGGCAAUUAAUGCGCCAGCAUGCAACCAGUUGAUUGCAGUUUCCCGGAUAUAGAGAGCUAUAGGAACCUGACCAAAAGCCCAAUGAAUGCAUUUAGGGCCGUAUCAAGGCGAUAAGCGAGAAAAGAGCACCUGCUUUUGCUGUUGAGUCAUCAGUGUUUUAGCCAAAUAAUCCAAAAAAAACAAGGUCGUUUUAGCCACUUAAAUUACUACCCAGCCAGUAAUAGAGCCCCAGGUGAGCCACAGAGCACACACACAAUCACACCCAGGUAACCCAAAAAAAAAAAAAAACAAACUCAUUUUGGCCACAGCCCCAAAAUGGAGGAUUACAAGUUCCUUUUCAAAAUCGUCCUGGUCGGAAAUGCGGGCGUGGGAAAAACCUGCUUGGUUCGCCGUUUCACUCAAGGACUUUUCCCACCUGGCCAAGGAGCCACCAUCGGCGUGGACUUCAUGAUAAAAACGGUGGAAGUAGAAGGCGAGAAAAUCAAGCUGCAAAUCUGGGACACCGCAGGCCAGGAGCGGUUCCGUUCCAUUACGCAGAGCUACUAUCGGUCCGCUCAUGCCUUGAUCCUGGUCUACGACAUUAGCUGCCAGCCCACCUUCGACUGUCUGCCGGAUUGGUUGCGCGAAAUCCAGGAGUACGCCAACUCCAAGGUGCUCAAGAUUCUGGUGGGGAACAAGACGGAUCGGGAUGACCGCGAGAUACCCACACAGAUAGGCGAGGAAUUCGCCAAACAGCAUGACAUGUACUUCCUGGAGACAUCUGCCAAGGAGGCGGAGAACGUGGAGCGGCUGUUCUACGAAAUAGCCGCCGAACUGAUUGGUCAGGCGAGGAGCAAGGACGGAAGUGCCUCGGCUGCGGCGGCGGCCGCCCAACGACAGUCUGAGGGCGGCUCCAUCGGACUAGGUAGUUUCAGUGCCAAGGCUGCGCAGAGCAAUUGCUGCGGCGGACUCGCUAGCGGAGGCGGCGGUGGCUCAAACUCUAGUCAAGCGGGCUGAGCUGCAAACGGAACUGGAAACUGAGCAGCUAAUCCAUAACUAGUUAAGGACUAAUCGUGAUAUUCCAUUGAUCUUUUAUUACCCUCAAGCUCCCCUAUUCUAACGAUUAUUAUUUGUUACAAUACUUUUCUUUUUUAAAAACGCUUAUCACGAUUUAUAUGUAUUUUUUAAUAUGCAAACGAAACUAAUUGAGCAGCUAUCCUUCACCAAGAAGGACAAAUCGAAAGAAUCCGUUCUUCUUUUGUUAUAAUCAGUCUAACGACUUUUUUUUUCAGUUUUUAUACAGAAAAAUAUUUUAUUAUGAAAGGUUAAUAGUACUUUAUUCUGACUAAACAUUUAUAUCACCAAGUAUCUUGAUUUUGAUAUACUCGUGUAGGCGAAAAAUAAAUCUGAGAAGCUAAUUUAUAACGAACGUGUAAUCGUGAUAUGGCAUUGUUCUUUGAUAAUUUGUUUUUAAUUUUGUUAAAUUUAUGCUGCAAGCUCUCUCAUUUCAAAUUGUCGUAUCUGAUAAUUUUCAGAAAAAAGUAUCUUAAUAACAAUAGUAUUUAAAGUUAAUUGUACAACAUCCACUUCCUUUAGGUUUACCGACUCAUUUUUAAAAUUCCCCGAGUAUCACGAUUAUGAUCUACUCCAAAAAUAGCUGUCAAUGACUAAGGAUGCUAAAAAUUUGUGUUAAAAUAACUCCAUUGGAGAUGUCGUCUUUAAGCGCCUGAUUUUCUUGAUUAGUAUUAUAUUAACGUAUUGAUCCGAUUGCGGGUCGUCUACCAAGUGAGCAUCACACAGCCAAUGCUUCGAAGAAUUUAACAAAAAUGCUAUGCACACAAUUAUUUAUAAUUUGUAUUGUUUCCUAAAAAGUAUUGUAUAUUUAAUUCAUUGAAUUUUCGUAUACAUAUACAAUUUAUACGUAUUUAUCUGGAAUUAUUUUAAAUUAAUGUGCAAUCAUUUGUAAUGCAAUUUUUAAAUGGUACUCGUAUUAGUGUUUAAGGUGAUUUUAUGACAUUCCAAAAAUUAAACAUAGAAACUAUGGAAUAGACCAGAAAGCGAAAUGAAAAAAAAACGAAAUAAAAAUAAACUACUAUUGUAAUUACAUAGAA